AUGAUCCCUUUGCCAGGUCCGGGCAAACGAGGCAUGGACGCACCACGCGUCGAAGCGUCUGGCUCUGGUUGGCAGGACGGAUCAUCAUCGCUCGCACUGGCUGUUGAGCCCUACGAUGCCAAUGUCGCGUACGCUUCAAAGGCUUUCGCCGAGCUGACCAUGAUGGAGCAGGUGCACGCUCGACGAUCUCUUGCGAGCAUGGGCGAUGAGUCCAGCAGUAGCACUCGCGCUCCACCAUCGCCCCAUCUAUACAGACGCAGCUCUUCUCCACCCGCCAUGAACACUCGUGCUCGCACCGCCGCUUCUUCCAGCUCGAGCGCUCAGCAAGCACAAUGGAGAGGUGACCAAUCUCGAAAAAAUCAAACACGCGUCAGAGAAGAUCAUCGUUCGAGGAGAGCUACUUCGCUCGCUCCUCGUUCCAGCCUCUUCACGCCUCGCCCUGCUCGUCAGCCCAACAUGCAACGCAUGACGGACAAGCAAUUGCAAGAAGUCAUCGAUCGGAACGAAUCGUUGAUGGCUCGAUUGGAAGUGAGCAAGGUGCUGAGCGAAGAGGAUAAGAGUAGGAUCGAGGAAGAUACGCAAAGAGCUAGGGAUCUAUUGAGCUUCAAGAGAGAAGCUUCGAUCAGUGGAGAGAUGGACUCGUUGAGCUUGGAGCGGCCAGCAGCACAGUCGCAUAGCGAACCGUCCACACCGACGCUCCAUUCGCCCACGGAAGAUAGAGCGUCUGCACAACCUGCCCCCAGAUAUACGACGCGCGCGAGGAGGUUUUUACAAAAGCAGGAUAGGGAGGACGAGUUGGUGGAAUCGACGACAGCUCGCAAGUCCAGGGUACAGAUCUUGACUUCGACGGAAGCCGCUGCGCUGGAAGCUGAAGCGCAAGAAGCUUUGCAAGCGAUCGAAGAGGAGAGGAUGGAGCUGGCUACGCGCAGAGUUCUUGAGAGACUCAGCUUGGCUGGUCGUGGGCCUUCGUCAGAAGCGAAUGCACAGGCUGCACGUCAAGAUGAAGAUGAAGAUGGGGCUGACGACGACGAUGACGAUGAUGAUGAUGAUGAGGAGGAGGAGGAGGAGGACGAGGAGCCAGAGAUGGGCUGA